AUGAGCCAACCAAUUGGACUGACAACGAUCCCCAGGCUACUGCCUGUUACGGGCACGUUCGCGCUCCCGUUCACGAUCUACUACGCAUUCCUUAGCCUUCGUGUCGUCAACGAGCGUCUGAAAUCAAAGCAAUACUUGGGCGACAACUCCUCAAAGCCUGGAGCGGACCCCGAAUCAUACAAGGCCAAUGCACUUUACCUUGCCGGCCGAUCGCAUGUCAAUUACAUCGAAAAUGUGCCGCUUGCUUUCAUCCUCGCUUCACUGAUCGAGGUCAAUGGAGGCAACCGCAAGACACUGAGCUGGCUGCUCGGGAGCUUCUUUGCCCUCCGUGUGCUGCAUGCCGAGCUUGGAAUAAUGAAGCCCGAAGGCAUGGGCAAAGGCAGACCCAUCGGCUAUUUCGGCAGCAUCGGUGUUCUCGGGGCUUUGGCGGGCUACGGAGCCUUCUUGGUCAAGGGAUAUUGGGGAUACUAA